AUGAACGAACAAUCUACAGAUUACCUACCCGACACAAAUAAACUACAACCUAAACAAAAAAAGCAUCGAACUACUAAAAAGGAGAUGGAAAUACUUUCCGCAUUGAAAGUAUAUAAAGAUAAACUACCAGACGAUGCCAUUGCUUCUGUUUGUGAAAAUUUAUCAGAGAUUUGGUCUAAAAAAAAGGUACGAGAGUGGUGGAAUUAUCAUAAGGACAAAUGGAACGUUCCGAUAAACGAUAACAAUGAUUCAUUUUGUGUUGCGUCUAACAAUGAUAACACCGCUUCAUGGAUAGGACCACAACAUAGUUUUUCUCAUAGUUUCGGUUUGACGGAUGCUUUAAGCAACGCUAACAACGUUCCACGGGGGACUUUUGCUAGUACCUCUAACAACGUUCAAUGGGACGCAAGUGCUCUCGAAGCAUGGGGGGUGCCCCCCAAUGCUAACAACAGUUUAUGGGCAGACGAUUCUAACGAUGUCUCAUGGGAUUAUUCACCUUGA